CAGGGAAAUUAAAUGUAAUGUAUCUCGCGUCGUCAUAUUUACCGCUGCACUGACAGUCAGAGAAAGGACAUCCUGGAGAACACUGCUGGAUUUACUCUGUUUUCAAAGGAAAGCUAUUCAAGUCCGUGCUGGAUUUUAGGUGCAACAUGACGUUUGAAGAACUUAAUGGAGAUUACUCUAUUGAAAGGAUGGAUUCUGUGAUUAAAGCUCUAGAGGAGGUCCUGCGCUCCGCGUUACCGCAGGGAUGUAUUACAAUUGGGGUCUACGAGGCUGCAAAGUCACUCAAUGUGGACCCCGAUAACGUGGUGCUGUGCAUCCUGGCCACAGACGACGAUGAUGUGAAGGAUGUGGCGCUUCAGAUUCACUUCACUCUCAUUCAGGCUUUCUGCUGCGAGAAUGACAUCAACAUCCUGCGGGUCAACAACACGCGUCGCCUCGCGCACAUUCUCGGGGGCGCCGGCAUGCACGGAAGCGAGCAGAUGGAUCUGCACUGCAUUCUGGUCACUGUUCCACAUGCAUCCACAUGGAAGAACCCAGCUUUGGGAAAAGUGAACCACUUCUGCAGAGAGAGCCGCUGUAUGGAUCAAUGGGUGCCCAUCAUUAACCUUCCAGAGCGAUGAGGACAGCUAAAAACUAGUGAAAACAUGGAUACAAAUUUCUAGUAAAAAAAGUUGGUCACAAAAAUGACUGAUAGUCCAGACUGCUGGAACUGGGGACUAACCUACAGAGUGAACUGGAGGAGGAGCACCCUUUUGCAAUCUGAAAUGAUUCAGCGGUUUUUGGCUUUGUUUGUGGGACUUUUUGAGGAUGUCACAGGAAGCGAGUGCCUGAGAAUCUUGUGAGAUAAUUUAUUGGUGGGGUGUCAUAAAGCACUUCAGUUAAUUACAGGAUGAAAUAUUUCUCACGCAACAUAAUAUCAGAGGUGAUAUUUUUCAAAGAGGCUGUCCUAUUCUUUGUUUUUUUUGCCAUCAUUUUUAAUAGUAUGCUGUUAGUACUUAUUAAUGUUGGGAAGUAAAUUAUUUUAAAGGGACUUGCUUCUAAACCACUGAGAUGAUAUCCUGUAAGAAACUUUUUUUUUUUUUUUUACUUAAGUUAAUUGUUAUUUUGUGGUCUUUAAAUUAUUUAUAUUAAAUUAAAGAAGUAUUUAUGUAAAAACUUUUUAUACUAUUAUAUUCAAAUGCGAAAUGAAUUUUGUGUUGUAAUAAAAGUUUUUCUGAACACAA